AUGACGCCUACAAGGCCCCUUAUUGAAGUAGAGAGUGAUGAUGACAACAUUUACCAGCAGGACAUUCGUAAUCGUAACAUUACCGGCAGAAAUGAACCGACAGAUUACAAUGUGCCGGUUACCAAUGAGGACUUAGAUCCUGCCUUUAACAUAAAUCGACGAUUGAAGGAAGCCUCCCAAUAUGAGAGCUUAGACUACGAUGUCUGCGAGAAUGUCUUAUGGCGGCGCGAUCAAACGAAGAUAAAACCAAAAUUCACCGUCAGGAAGGAUUUCUCCCGGUGGGUGAUUUCGCUACAAAUCGGAGUAUGUACAGCGCUCGUAGCAUGCUGCAUAAACAUCGUGAUUGAAGAGGUGUCGCGGCAAAAGUACGCCUUUCUCAAGCAACAGGUUGAUGAGAAUGUGCUGAAAGGUGACCUAAGCAUCCCGUAUCUCUACUGGUCGCUACUAAACCUUGUGCCAGUUGUUAUCGGCGCUACACUGGUCGCCUACAUUGAACCAGUGGCGGCCGGCAGCGGAAUACCGCAGGUAAAAUGUUACCUAAAUGGCGUUAAAGUGCCUCGAAUCGUCCGCAUCAAGACACUUGCGGUAAAAGCAGUUGGAGUGGCAACAUCCGUCAUCGGAGGGUUAGCCGGUGGCAAGGAAGGACCUAUGAUUCAUAGCGGAGCGGUAAUUGCAGCUGGCAUUUCGCAAGGCAAGAGUACGACCUUCCGGUACGAUCUGAAGAUACUGGAACAUUUUCGGGAUGAUCACGAAAAGCGCGACUUUGUAGUUGGCGGAGCGGCGGCCGGUGUCGCGGCCGCUUUCGGCGCCCCGAUUGGUGGGAUUCUGUUUUCCCUGGAAGAGGCCGCCAGCUUCUGGAACCAGAGCCUCAUCUGGCGAACGUUUUUUGCCUCUAUCAUCAGUUCGUUUACGCUCAACAUCAUACUUUCGGCUUACCACGGUUUGAGCAGCUUCCGCUACCGGGGAUUGUUCAAUUUAGGCGAGUUUGCACCACUUCCAUUCGAAUACUUCGAACUGCCGAUCUUCAUGCUGAUGGGCGUGCUUGGCGGUUGCACCGGUGCGCUCUGGAAUGCCCUCAACAGCCGGCUUAAUGUAUUCCGCGCGCACGCUAUUCGUCAACGCUGGGCGAAGGUACUCGAGGCGGCAUUUGUUGCCGUGCUGGGAGCUACGUUCGCGUGUCUGAUGGCGUAUACGAUCAACGAUUGUCGACCGUUGGGAAACGAUCCUACCGAGCAUCCGGUGCAGCUUUUUUGCAUGGAUAACGAAUAUAAUGCGGCCGCUGCGCUGUGGUUUCAAACACCAGAAGCGACAGUUAAGGCGCUUUUCCACGAUCCACCAGGAUCGCAUAAAAUACUCACAUUGGCGACGUUUGUGCUCAUCUACUAUCCUCUAUCAUGUGUCACGUACGGUUUGAGCGUAUCGCUGGGAAUCUUCAUUCCGACGCUCCUCAUCGGGGCUGCCUGGGGACGACUGAUUGCGUCCUUCACAGUGCUUGCUUUUCCUGCUUCCGCUGCAUUUGUAUCUCCUGGAAAGUACGCACUGAUUGGAGCCGCUGCUCAACUCGGCGGCGUUGUACGAAUGACAUUGAGUUUAAGCGUCAUUCUCCUGGAAACUACCGGCAACAUUGGUUUCAUUUUACCGAUCAUACUCACACUGAUGACGGCAAAAUGGAGCGGGGACUACUUCAAUGAAGGGAUCUAUGAUACGCAAAUCCGCACUUCCCGUGUACCAAUGUUGCCGUGGCACGUGGAACCGGAAUAUCAGAAUCUUUCCGCCCGCCACAUUAUGGCUCGACCGGUCGUAUGUGUGCGGCUGGAGGAGAAAGUGCACUAUUUGCUUGAUAUCCUGAAAAACACUACCCACAACGGAUUUCCCGUUGUUGAGGAUGGUGACGAUGGAUCGCACGCCAAUGGACGGCUUAUUGGAUUGAUUCUACGCUCGCAGCUAGUAGUGAUAUUGAAGCGCAGCUUCUACCAAGAAUCUAGUCGGUUCUGGGAGUCGACCGUCAACAUCGAGGCGUUCCGCGACGAAUAUCCACGCUAUCCUGCCGUAGAGGAUUUGCACGUAAGCGAGGACAAAACAAGUGGAGAUUUUUCAGUGCAUAUGAACUUAUUCAUGAACCCAUCACCGUACAGCGUGGAGGAGGGCACUUCUGUGCCGAGAAUUUUCCAGUUGUUCCGGGCGCUUGGCUUGCGGCAUCUUGUCGUGGUAUCAUCGGAGAAUCGCGUUCGCGGAAUUAUUACACGGAAGGAUUUCCUCAAACACCACUAAACUCUUACUAUAGCGAUGGCAAACAAAAAGGGAUUUUAGUUGUUGUCUUUACAAACCCUGGGGGGUUUUGUUUGAAUCGUAAGCAUUGUAUUUUUUUUGAAUGCUUACUUAUGUUUACUAGA